GCCACUCCUUUAGACUCUGGACGUGCGGAGACUGGGGACGCUCUCUCCGCCUUAUAAAAAGCGCCAGGGCAAGGCCGGCGGGACAGCCCGGGAGGCGGGUACCGGGCCUCGGUGGAGUCCGCGCCGACGCGCCGCGCCGCGCCGCGCCGCGCCCCCACCUGUUGCGGCGGCCGCGCUGCGCUCAGGGCGCGCCCGGCUCCCGGGGCGGCGCGGGGCCGGAGGCGCGGGGCCGGGGCCGCCCGGCUGCGGAGAUGGGCCGCUACUCCGGCAAGACGUGCCGGCUGCUCUUCAUGCUGGUGCUCACCGUCGCCUUCUUCGUGGCCGAGCUCGUCUCGGGCUACCUGGGCAACUCCAUCGCGCUGCUCUCCGACUCCUUCAACAUGCUCUCGGACCUGAUCUCGCUGUGCGUGGGCCUGAGCGCCGGCUACAUCGCCCGGCGCCCCACCGGUGGCCUCCGAGCCACCUACGGCUACGCCCGCGCCGAGGUGGUGGGCGCGCUGAGCAACGCCGUCUUCCUGACCGCGCUCUGCUUCACCAUCUUCGUGGAGGCCGUGCUGCGCCUGGCCCGGCCCGAGCGCAUCGACGACCCCGAGCUGGUGCUCAUCGUCGGCGCCCUGGGGCUGGCGGUCAACGUGGUGGGGCUGCUCAUCUUCCAGGACUGCGCCGCCUGGCUCGCCUGCUGCGGCCGGGGGCGCCGCCGCCGCCACCUGCAACGGCCGCAGCUGGCCGAGGCCGGCACCCGCGGCGCUUUCGGGGGGCCCCAGAGCGCUGAGGACCCGCGGCGCGCGGAGACCCCGACAGGGCCCGGCUCGGACUCGGCCGUGACCUUCCGGGGAGCCUCGGUCGAAAGGAAGCAGGAGAAGGGGGCGACCGUGUUCUCAAACGUAGCAGGUGAUUCCUUGAACACCCAGAAUGAGCCGGAAGAGAUGAUGAAAAAGGAGAAAAAAUCUGAAGCCCUGAAUAUCAGAGGUGUACUUCUGCAUGUGAUGGGAGAUGCCCUGGGGUCCGUGGUUGUGGUCAUCACGGCCAUCAUAUUCUAUGUGCUUCCCCUGAAGUCUGAGGACCCAUGUAACUGGCAGUGCUACAUUGACCCCAGCCUGACAGUAAUCAUGGUCAUCAUAAUUUUGUCAUCUGCCUUCCCACUCAUCAAGGAGACCGCUGCCAUUCUGCUGCAGAUGGUUCCCAAAGGAGUCAACAUGGAAGAGCUGAUGAGUAAACUCUCUGCUGUGCCCGGAAUUAGCAGUGUACAUGAAGUGCACAUCUGGGAACUUGUAAGUGGAAAGAUUAUUGCCACCCUGCACAUCAAGUAUCAGAAGGACAGGGGAUAUCAGGAUGCCAGCAUAAAAAUUCGAGAAAUCUUCCACAACGCCGGAAUCCACAAUGUGACCAUCCAGUUUGAAAAUGUGGACUUGAAGGAACCCCUGGAGGAGAAGGACUUAUUGUUGCUCUGCAACUCACCCUGCAUCUCUAAAGGCUGUGCUAAACAGCUGUGUUGUCCCCCUGGGGCACUGCCUCUGGCUCAUGUCAAUGGCUGUGCUGAGCACAAUGGCAGGCCCCCUUUAGACACAUACCGAAGUGAUGGCCUAAGUAGAAGAGACGCAACAGAAGUGGCCAUUGAAGUGUCUUUGGACGGCUAUCUGAGUGGCAACAGACAAGUUAUUAACAAAACUCAGGAGGACCAAUGUUAUGUCAACAGCACACAUUUUUAAUCUGGUACCCACAUAAUCAGACUGUAUAGACAAGGCACUUUGGAACCACUAACUUGGCUUGUGGAAGGAACUUUGUGGGUUGGACUAUAAUUGCACGCAGUGUGCACUUUUUGUGUUCACUUCGGGUUGGCCAUUUGAGAUUUUAGCUGAACAUGUGUGUUAAUUUUUGUAUGACUGAUAACCCCUUCCCAUUUCCCUGGGGUGUCUCAUGCUGCUCUUCAACAGUUUUAGCUUGAACAUGCAUUUCUAAAGCAAACUGUACUAGUGUAUAUAUCAGGGACAUUGGAGACUGGGACUCAAUGACUGUGGACACAGUAUUCAGAGAAGUUCUUUAUUUUAAACUGAUUAGAACUUCUAGCUAACUCUCAGGUGACCUUGUAGCCUAAAUACAUUGAAAAAAUGGAAUUACCAUGAUAGCUGUAUUUUUUCCAUUUGAAGAUCAUAAAUGAGGUAUUUCUUUUAUAGUAUUCAUGGCAGAGGUAUUCAUGGCAGAAUUAUCUUUUUAUUUGAUUCAUGUUUGUAUAAAUAUAAAGCAAACACUUGUUAAGGUAGAAGAUGUUCUCAAUACAUCAGAUGAGGUAGAGUUUAGUAGGGGAAGAAGAAGAGAAAAUGAUUUUUGAACAUCUCUUAAUUUUGUGAGCUGAGAGAAAACUAAUGUUUACUUUCUGCUGUGAACUAAAAUACAGCUAUAGCGUAUUUCAAAUGUUUAAAUAUAUAAUACAUUUUUUUCACUUGGAAGUGAGGGAGUUCCUUAACUUCCUUAAGUUUGACACACGUACUUAUAAACUGUCUUUUAGGGUCAAUAUAAUUGGAACUGUUUCAUUUAGUGCUUUGAUAAUGAUUUGCUUAUUUUUCAAAAUUUCUUUUGAGUCUUCAUUCAUAUGCUCACAUUGAUCUAAGCAGCAUUUACCAGAAAUACAAUGAGUAUUCCUGGGAUAAGAGAAUAUAUAACAUUGAGUGUUAAUUCUUGCCAAAUAAAUAAGCUAGACUGCCUUUUCUUUAAUUAGACACAUUUAAAAAUAUUUAUUAUAGCUGCCAACUAGUAUCUUGAUGGAAAAGUUGAUGUCUAAGGGAGAAAUGGUAAUUAAUUUAACUGUUGCCUUUAAUGUGUUUUUGAGGAACUUAGAACUUUCUUCUAUAUCUCUGACCAAUAUUAUCAAGUUAAAAUAAAUUUUUUAUAAUCCAGUUCAGACCCAUAACCAAA